GCAGCUUUGGUUGUCUUGCAUUAGUGUCUUGAAAUGGGAAACAGGAAAAGCAGUGCCCUCUCCAAGGAGCUCCUUGAAGACCUCAAACUGAACACCAAGUACAGUGAAGAAGAGCUCAGUGCUUGGUACCUGUCUUUUCAGAAGGAAUGCCCACGUGGGCAAAUCACCGUUGAGCAGUUUCAGAGCAUUUAUGCAAGUUUCUUCCCAGAUGCAGACCCCAAAGCUUAUGCACAACACGUCUUCAGAAGCUUUGACACCAACAAUGAUGGCACUUUGGACUUUAAAGAAUACAUCAUUGCCUUGCAUCUAACCUCCUCUGGGAAAACUGUUCAGAAAUUCGAGUGGGCAUUUUCUCUCUAUGACGUUGAUGGCAAUGGGACCAUCUGCAAGACCGAAGUUCUGGAAAUCGUCAAGGCCAUAUUUAAAAUGAUAAACGAAGAUGACCAAGAAGAUCUUCCAGAAGAUGAGAAUACACCAGAAAAGAGAACUGAUAAAAUCUGGGAUUACUUUGGCAAGAAGGACAAUGAUAAACUAACAGAAGGAGAAUUUAUCCAGGGAAUCACAGAGAACAAAGAAAUCCUAAGAUUGAUACAGUAUGAACCCCAGAAAGUCAAAGACAGACUAAAGGAAAAGAAAUAGCUGCUCUUGCAGAAGACCAUUUUUCAAACUAAAGACGUUGUAAGCAACACUGUUUACAUCUUUGCACCAAUAAUUGUACAUUAAAUUACCUUUUAAAAACAUUUUCAAUAAGUAUAUCCUGACUUACUAUUUCAGCCAUGGUGUAAACAGCUCCUUACGCUGUCUGUAAUUAGGCUCUUGUUAAUAAUCCUUGAGUUACAACUAAAUCCUCCUAAAUCCUGAAGGUCAUUUCAGUGGAAUCCCUUCUCUGAGCUGUAGGUUGGUAGCAUUACUAUUGUGCUUGUAAAUGUUUUAGUGAGGUUAUCAGUCUUUAUUUGAGGUUUGUUACUCCAUAAAUCAACCUGCUUUUGUUAUGAAAUAAAGUCCUUUGUCAUGAAAAAAGGAA